AUGGAACCCGACGCGACAUCAACAAUGUCAGAAUCAGAAUCAACGGAAGUAUUAGACAAGCUCAAGUCUAAACAAGAAUGGGUUAAACAUAUGCGACUGAAAUUCAGCAUUCGACCCGAAUUUGAAAUUACUUGGAACAUCUUACAUUCGGAUGGUACAUUGAAUCAAGA